UAAACUGCUUCACUAUCAAACGAUGGUAUCAGUUGUGAUUGCGAUAUUAUUAGCAAAAGCAAAAGACAAAAACUCUUUUCUUAAAAAAGUUAAUUAAACGAAAGAUGUUGAGAUUUGUAAAAAUUCUCUUUGCCGUCACUGCAUUGACAGUAAUUGCGGCUGAAGCUCCUAAUUCUCGUAGCUUGCGUUCACAGCCUUCAAGACGUAAUCAUUUUUUCGCACGUCAAGUUGCUGAGAUAGCUGCAACUGAUGCCGUAACACCUUAUCCUUCAGCUGAUGAACUAAAACCUGAAUUACCGUUCGAAGAAGUCGGUAAUAAUUUCAGUCAAGAAGAACAAAUAUUUGGUCAAGCAGACGCGGUGAAUGGUCCACCAAGUGCUAAACAGGACCCUAAAUUACGACAAUCUGAACAUAUUGAACCACAAAUUUUCGAAACUAAUUUUCGAACGAAAAUUGACGUUUCUGACGAAACAGUAGAACUAGCAGCGGGCGAAGAAGUCACAACAUCUUCUCGUUUAAUUGAUCGUCGCAGAUUUAUCAAUCGACGUCCUGCCAAAUUGCGUCAGAAAUCUGUAACAACUCGGCAAACGCUGCGGCCACAUUUGAUCCCUGAAACUUUAUCUUUCUAUCUAACUCAAUAA